AACCAAGAAACUCGCCUCUCUACUCCCGACGAUCGUUCUAAACCCUUGGAGAGCUGAAAUUGAAGAAAAUGGGAGCCCUUUUCUCUUCAUCCAACAGCAAUGAUGGCUCUUCAUCAGAGCCGUCCCGUGUUCUCGCUUUCCACUCAGCUGCCACAUGGAAGUCCCACCUCGAAUCUUCAAAGGAUUCCAACCAACUAAUGGUGAUUGAUUUCACGGCCAAGUGGUGUGGGCCAUGCCGGUUUAUGGAGCCGAUCAUGAACGAAAUGGCCAACAGUUUCACCGACGUCGUCUUCGUCAAGAUCGACGUUGAUGAGCUCAAGGAGGUUGCACAGGUUUGGCAAGUGGAGGCGAUGCCGACAUUCGUUCUUGUGAAGAAAGGGCAGGAAGUGGAUAGGCUUGUAGGCGCCAAUAAGGACGAGCUCAAGAAGAAGAUUGAGAAAUAUAGUGGUAGUGAUUGAUUGCCUUUUUUUUUUCUUUUUUUUAAAAAGGAAUUAGGGUUUCUUUUCUUCUUCCUCUGUUUUCUGUAAUGCUAUGUUGCUACUAUAUCUAUCAUAGAUUAUUGCUAUUAGAUUGUGAGAAAUACUUUGAUACUCA